AAGCGAGUCACCUCGGCAUGUCAGAGGCACCUGGCCCCCCCCCGGCGACCAUCGCCGGGGUGGGGACCAGCACCGAGGGAGCAGCACCCCCACUCGCAGCGAUGCAGCCUCCCCACUUUCCCGCAGCGCCAGCUGUUCCCAUGCCGGCGACCAGCGUUGGCGCGGGCUGGCCGGCACCCACGGCUCAGCCGGGCUCGAGCGCGUGCGGAAGCGUCGAGAGGGGUGUGGACGCUUCGACACAGAUGGAAACGGGCAGACCCGCAAUCGUCUCACCGGGCGCGGGGAGCGCGCCCCUCCAGCUGUCGAUGGGGGCGCAAGCGGGAGCGUCGUCUAGUGUAUUGCUCGAAGACCUCAUGCAGCCGAUGGGUUCCUUCUACCCAAACGGAUCCGGCGGCGAGCGGAAGCGGUGCGCUUCGGCGUGCGUCGCCUGCUGCCAGAAGCGCAUCCGCUGCGUGAUGCUCCGCUGCGGCAGGUGCUCCAACUGCGUCGCCCGCAACAUCCCGUGCAUCCCCCGCGUCGGGCGGAAGCGCGGCCCUCCGCUCCGCGAAGAGCGCGAGGCACGGGAGCGUGCCGUCGCCCUGGCGCUGGAGCGGCAGCACUCGGGCAUGUUGGUCGGCAGCCAGGACUCGCCGCUCGGCUCCCGCCCGGGCGGCUUCCCCGGCGUCCCGUCGAUGCCCGUGCCGCUCUCGGCGUUGCAGCAAGCGCAGCUCGUCGCCCUCUCCGCCGCCAGCCAGCCACCGCAGCCGGUGGCGAUGCUGCAGAUGAUGGCGCACCUGCAGGCGAUGCAGCAGGCGCAGAGCUCCUACUCUGGCUCGCCGCUCGGGCAGCACGCCCCCUCGCCGCGGCAGUGGCCGCAGAUGCCGACCGGCCAGCAGAUGCCGACCGGCCAGCCAUCCCCGGAGCAGUGGCUGGUGCAGCAGGCGCAGCAGGCGCAGAUAGCGCAGGCAGCGCAGACAGUGCAGCAGGCGCGGCAGGCGCAGCAGGCGCAGACAGUGCAGCAGGCGCAGGCAGCGCAGCAGGCGCAGGCAGCGCAGCAGGCGCAGGCAGCGCAGCAGGCGCAGGCAGCGCAGGAGGCGCAGGCAGAGCAGGAGGCGCAGGAGGCGCAGGCGAUGCUGACGCAGCAGGGCCAGGCGCAGGCGCAGGCGCAGCAGGCGCAGCAGCAGGCCGCAGCCCAGGCGGCACACCAACAAGCAGCAGCACAGCUGCUGAUGGCGCAGCGGCAGGCUCAGGCCCAGGCGAUAUUGGCGCAGCAAGCGCAGGCGCAGCACGCGCAGCAGACGCAGCUCGCGCUCGCUUGGCAGUUCUGGCAGACGGACUUCUCGUCGCGCCGCUCCGGUGACGGCUCGCUGGAGCCGCACACGCCCAAGCCGCGGAAGGCGCGGAGCCUCGGUCGGACGUCGGGGAAGAAGGCGCUGGCGCUGGCAGCAGUGCACGCUUGCUCGGCCCACUCUGACAGCGAGAACUCGAGCGAGACGCACCGCUCGCGGCGGCGACCGCCCUCUUCCGCUCCUCUCGGCGGCGCACUGGUCAGCGCCUCGCUCUCGGAGCUCAUCGAUCUCGAGAGCGGCACUCCGGACCCGCGUGCACGGCGCUCCGGCACAAACUCACGAAAGGAGAAGCGGCCGAGCGUGCGAGAGCCCAAGAGGGCGCGGCCGCGCGUGGGCCUGCUCAUCGCGCUGGCCGUGUGCACCAUCCUCUUCGGCCCCAUCGCCACGCUCGCCUCGUACGUCCGCCUCUCCUCUGUGCGCCGGCCAGCAGGCCCUCCGUCGCCAGCCGCCGACGCCGUCACGCUUCGGUCGCACACGUUGCACCUGUCGCUGGCGGGCUCGGACCGCAAGGCGCGGAUGGUGCUCCCGCGGUCCGCGGACUGGGCCAUCUUCCUAGCCGGCUGCAAGGAGCGGCUGCAGAUCGCGGCCGUGGCGCAGGUGACGGACGAGUCUGGCGACGGGAUCCACUCGGUCGCCGACCUGAUGCACGAGGACAACCUGGUCGUGCACGCGCAGCCGGCAGAGUCGGGCGCAGCCUCCGCGAGAACGAGCGGCACCGGCGCUAGCUCGCCGGCGCAGCUGCCCGGCUCAGCUAGCAAGGAGCCGCCAGCUGGCAAGGAGCCGACAAAGGCGAAGCCUGAGGAGCAGAGGGGCGCCCGCGCGGCCCAGGCGGGCGGAGGCGCGCCCGCCGCUGGCGCCGUGCGGCGCGCCGAACCGCCGCCGCCGCCGCCGAGGAGGAGGCCGCCCCCGCCCCUGCCCGAGUGCGGCGCCCGCCACCCGGAGUACCGCGUGGCGGUGCUUGUGCCGCUGCUCGGCCCGCCGCCCGCCUUCCUGCCCUACUUCCUGGCGUCGGCGCGCACGAGCUCGGCCCUCGUCGACUUCGUCCUCUUCCACGAGGGGCAGCGGCUGCCGUGGGAGCGACCUCCGAACGUCAAGCUGGUCGACGUCGGCCCAGGCGCGGCCAGCGAGAGCGAGCGGCCAGCGAGAGCGAGCGGCCAGAGAGAGCGAGCGGGCAGCGGGGAGCUGCACUUGCCGCUGCGCAACGCGACCGCCGUGCUGCGCUCGCUCAAGCGGCUCUUCGAGAGGUGGCCGCGGCUGAUUGCAGAGUACAAGCCGGCGUACGGUCGCUUCUUCUCGGACUAUCUGCUCGGCUACUCGCAUUGGGGAUAUUGCGACCUCGACAUGGUCGUGGGGAGCCUGCCGACCUUCCUCGAGCGGAGCGAGCUCGCCGAGCAAGACAUCGUCACCUUCUCGUACGGCGAGCGGCUCGCCGCGCCGCACCCCGCGAGGCGGCGCGACGCGUCGGGCCUCUACCUGCGGGGCCAGUUCACGAUUCACCGCAACGACCACUCGAUCAACGACCUCUGGCGGCAGUGCUCCAACCUCGGCUCCGGCCUCGAGGCGCAGCCGCUAUCGCCGGCUGUCGCCCUCGCUGCCGGCGUGCGCUUCAAGAUCGCCCCCAAGCAGGCGAUCGGACUCGACAUCCGAUCGACCGCAUCGGCCGUUUGGGCGGGAGGGGCCGUCUGGCAUUGCUCCGCUGCUACCGAGCCGGACGCGUCGCUCUUGCAAGAGCUCGCCGCCGCCGGAGUGGCGCGCCGUUGCUACCUGCAUUUGCCGUCGAUACAGCCGGCCGUCGGCGGCGCGAGUCCAGUGGAGGUGCGCGAUACGGGCUGUGGCGACUGGAUCUCGCCAGAGUGCAGGCUCUGCGCCGCAGAUCCACCGGCCGACGGGAGCUCGAUCGCGUACUACGCGCGCGACGGCAAGGUCCACUCCCGUCGGAUCGACUCGUCAGCGCUAGCGCUGCCGAGCCCGAAUGCGCAUGGGUGCCACCAGGCGGCCAUUUUCCACUUCCAGGAGUGGAAGAAGCAUUGGGAUGGCAACGCCGAUGUCGUCGACGUGCUCUCGCCUGCCGACACGGUGGACCCGGGGCUGGCGUUCCACGUCUCGACUGCGGGGAUUCGCAGACUCCGUUUCUGAGGGAGAGCGCGAUCGAGGGGGCAUGGAGCCCCUUCCUUCUCUAGCGGCGUGAUCUUGAGAUGACGGGCGUGCGAGCGACACACGCGAAAUGUGUCGAGCUACGAGAGAUGUGUGUACCGUCGCGGAGAGUUGUCUCGAGCGCGUUUGUGUCUGUGGUGUGUCGCGCCGGAGGCGAGCGCAGGCGCCCCCGCCGCAUGUGCGCGCGCGUUCUUCCGAGAUGAACCCAGUACAGUUUU